UGUUGCACACGCUGUUAUUACUUAUUUUGGUACCUUUCCAUAAUUUAACGCUCUCAGAAAAUGGCGACCAAGCUUUUUCCAUGGCCGAUUGCAAUUGUGUUUAUCUCAUAUGUGGUUGUAACAAGCGGAACGAGAGUUUACCCUCAGCCUGGAGUUGUUCUGGAGGACAGUGGAUAUUCGCUAGUGUUUGAAGAUGUGGAAAGUAUAGCUGUCAAUAUUAUGAUCAGCAAGCCCAAUCUUAAAGUUCCCGACUGCGUCACCGAAGAUCUGGCCGACAUGGUUGAUAAAAUUGAUUACAUGAACACUCUUUAUAAUUAUACAACAAAUAUAUCCGAUAUUGCAGCGACUUUAAAGCUAUAUAAACCACUCCUUGAAAUGUUAAAAGCCGACGUUGAGCACGAAGAGGAAGACCUUCGUUUUCAAGUUCCAGGAAACAGCGACAUUGGCUCCAUCCACUAUAUGAUGAAUCGUCUUUGGUACGGCUCUGAUAAUGAUAUACGUAAAAAGAUUGUUGCCCUGGAGAAGGGGGAACAAGAGUUGGAAUACGUAUUUUAUUUAUCCAAAGAAGCAGAUAAAUUAGAAAAGAUAAGAUUAUCGGAGCAUUUACUAGUAACUCAAGAAGAAUAUGAUGACGAGGAUGUUGCCUAUUUUGAUUUUGACGACAGAAGUGUAAACUUUAUGAUGUACAGUGUAGAUAAGAGGUUCUCCGUUCAAAAGUACAUACGUAGACUACGCCAACUCAACGAAGCUCUCUCGCAAGCCUCUAGUCCUAGACGGGACCGCCGACCAACUGUCAACCUGAUAUCCUACGAUCACUUGUUACAGUUGGUCGAGGGACAUGACAUCUUCGACAACACCAUCUUUAAGGAACACCCAAUGUACCUGAACCAAUUUGCUGAACUGGCCUACGUGAAUAUCACGAAAACUGACGAAUUCUUGUCAGUGUUUGCGACUAUAACAUUCCCAUUGCUGAGAAAAGACAAUAUACUGCCUCAGUUCAAUAUAGUCCAAGUAGGAUACAUGUUCACCCAGGAUAACAAGACAAGAUGUGUAAAACAUGUCUUGCCUGAACAAGUCACUCUUUUCAAUGGUGCCUACUACGAGAUCGAGUGUGACCGGCGAAUGCCCGAACUUUGUAGAGUUAAUUUUAUCAAUAUGAUAUCGCAGCAGUCCUGCUUUCACGGUGACUUUGUGGAUUGUGUGAUGUUCCCAAUUGAGUGUGACACUGUAAGUCCCUUAUACUUUGAGGAAGGUCUGUUGAUAUCGACAAGCCAGACGGUACAAAGACUAACGGAGGAAUCACAUGUUGAGAAUAUCAAACAACAGGGUGAUGCUAUCUUCAUACCCUGGGAAGAAACAGUGUCUGUUGUAGUAGGAGAUGAAGUUCACCACAAUCCCUAUGACAUGUCUACCCGCAAUGAUAUGAAACACACUAAUGAGAGUUUUAUAUUCGACAUAGACAUUAGAUACAGUGAAAUGGACCUGGCACAUUUGCUGAAAUACAACAUUAACCUUACUACAAACUGGCCUGAAGAGGAAGCCAUGCUACGGUUCAUUAUUGAGCAAAGGAAGAAUCUGGAGGCCAUAUUAGAAGUUGUAAUAGAACGAGAGAGACAGGCGACCCUUAAAAUGAUCAUUUCUAUAAGCAUCAGUCUGUCGACGCUUACCUUUGGAAUAGUGGCAUACUGGUUUGUUAAGAAAAGUUCAUGGUGCCAAAGGAAAUUGAUAGGGUUUAUUUCUCCGGAUGUAAAUGUAAUGUAGGAGGGACAGCCAUAACGUUAAGGCUGAAGCAAGGUAUGAAAUAUCGAAUAAGGGGUCUAGUCGUUUACAAAUUGAUAUUACGUAAUCAGCCGGUGACCCGGGAAGGGGGGGGGGGGGGGAUGGGGCGGGGUUAGGGGGGUUUCCAAAUGAUUACGCUAAUGUAAUGAUUACGGAGGGGGAUGGGAAAAAUUGUCCAAAAAGUGAUUACGUAAUAUUAUGCGAAAAUAUUAAGCGAUAAGAGCUCAGACAAUCGUCAUUCGUUCAACAAGUGAAUUUUAUUACAUCUUGAAACAUCUUGAAACAUAUAACGUUUUGUCGUUAUUUUAAAGUAUUUCAUUGCAGUUUACCUACUAAAGUUUAGUUACUUAGAGAGAUAGAUAAAUUGUUUAGAUCCAAAUUUGAUGUUGUUAUUUAGUUAUUACUUUAAUACAUUUUUCUACUCUAUCUGGUAUUUAUUAUUAUAACUUUUAAAAUUGAUGUGUAACAGUACUUCAAAUUUCCCAAGGAUAUUAUCUC